AUGCUGUUCAAGUCUACUCUCGUCUUGGCCUUUGUGGCCCUCGCCAACAUCGUUUCCGCUACCCAGACUCCUGCCUGUGUCAUUUCUACUAUUGGCGAUAACACGAGCAACCCCGACGAUCUUGCGACUAUCUGCAGCUCCAAGACUAUCCAGUCGAAACUCUCCGACAACUGCGGUUCCAAGGCCGAGUCUGCCCUGACCUUCUUCGCCAACAUCUGCAAGAGCAAUGGCCACAGCGUUGUAAUCGCCUCCACUGCCACCGCUUCUGGUACCACUGCUACCGGUACUGGCGCCACUGCUACCGCCUCUGGUUUCACCACUGCUGUCUCUACAUCUGGCUCUAAGACUACUGGCACUUCGACCUCUAAGGCUAGCUCGAGCUCUGCGUCCGGCAGCGCUUCGGCCUUCCCUUCGCCUUCCACUGCUGGCGCUGCGGGCGGUCAACACCUCUCUAGCACCGCUUUCGCUGCCGCGGUGUUCUUCGGUGCUGCUGCACUUCUGUGA